ACCAACUUAUUUAUUCAACAUGUCAGUCACCGCAGAUGGAUUCGAUGCUUCUCCUUUCUUACAACAAUUAGCCGAUGGCUUAUCAGACGCUGCCACUGCCAAGAAGGCCGUGUCGGGGGUUAAGGCUGCUAUUGUGUUCACUUUGAAGAACAAAGGCGGUAAGGAACAAAGCUGGUUUUUGGACUUAAAAAACAAGGGAACGAUUGAAAAGGUAGACAAGCCUCCUAAGAACGACGUUCAAUUGAUUUUGAAAGAUGCUGAUUUUGUUAAGUUGGCCGAUGGCAAAGCCAACGGACAAAAAUUGUUUAUGAACGGUAAGUUGAAGAUUAAGGGUAACAUGAUGAAGGCCACCUCUAUUGAGACUGUGUUUAAGUCGUUGGACCCAAGACCUAAGUUAUAAGUAGUAUACGAUAAUAUAUGAAAUGGCACAGACUAAUCGUGUGCGCACACCG